ACUUGCACGCGGACUGCGGCUUGUCAGGACGUCUACAGGUAUUGUGCCACCAUGUAUCUAAUGGCAUUGGGAAAUUAAAAAAUAUUUUCCUACAUAGUUGUACAAAUGGGCUGAUAUCCUGCCAGAGGGUCUUCAAGGAUUUUGUCCCCUGGUGUCAUGGUUGAGUAAUGUUUUGACACAUCCAACUUCCUCUGGAAGAUAAAUAACUGAAGAGCUGGUCUGAUAAUAAAUCAACCAUGUCAGUCAAAGAGGCUUCGAUUGGACACGCUCAGGGAAGAGUGGGGCUGAGGAGAAAGCUGACAGGUCCUCCACGACGACUCCUUGGUAAAUCAAAGACUAGCAGUGACAUGGAGAGGAAGGGAAAGACUUGCGCUUGGGGACAGAGAUCAGGGGAUGGCAAAGGGACCAAGGAAGAUUCCAUGCCUGGCUGUCAGGACACCAUCUUUGAAGAGGUUCCACUGGAAUCUACCACAAAGAGCCCUCGGAAAUCCACUGAUUCCAAAGAGGAGGAAACACUAGAAAACACAAUGGAAACCACAAAGUCACUCUCCACAGAACAAAGUGAUGUAAAAGCUGACCAUUCAAACCAAAAGCACAAGAGGGAAAAACAAGGCACAAGGAAGCGAUGUUUCUCUCCAUCACUCAUCUGCAUUAGAAGGUGGAGGAAGAGAGCUGGUGAAAAGGAAGACAAGGAAGGUCAUGAUAUCACAUUUUUCAACAAGCAAACCAGAGACUUUGCUGUUCAACCAACUGCAGUUUAUGGGGUAACAACCAGUGAAAAGCAAGUUAAUAAUUGCUCUAGCAUGGACACUCCUGCGAUGAAAGGAAAGGAUGAAAAGGUCAAAGUUAAAACCUGGAGAAUCUUCAAAAGGCUCAUGAUCGCUCCCAACGACCAUUCAGAAACAAAGCAAGAACAGCUAGGACCAGAGAUUUCUCUACAAGAUCAUUCUCCUUGUGCUAUUUCCUCCAAGAAAAAGACUGUGAAUCUCUGGAGGCACAGAACCAAAAAGCCCUCUCCUUUCUUCCAGGAGCGUAUUGGAGGCACACAGGAAUACAUUGAGGAGGAGACUAUAGUCCUGGCUAACAGACAUGCUGAUGAUAUUACUGAGCUCAUGAAUCCUAAUCCACAUCCCCUAGAUUUUGUCAGGGAGGUUAAGGGGCAUUGCUCUGAGACACUAACAGUGAGUGUGGAUGUGAGUGUUAUGAAGUCAGAGGACACUGAGGUCAGAGACACCAUAGAAACAAGUAAAGAAGAAACUAAGGCUUACGAAAACCCUGCCCCUACAACUGAUAAAAUGGAAGCUAAAAAAUAUCCUGAAAAUAGACUGAAGCAGGCAGAUGAGAUGCUGGCAACCCCAUAUCCCAUAGAGACCUAUAGUUGUGCCGGCAAUGACGGGGUGAAUCUUGUUUCAGAGGUAGAGGAGGUGCAGAGACAUUCAGGCUUUAGUGAAAGUGUUACCUCAAGCACAGUUGCCGCAGAGGAUCCAUCAUUGGGGGGGGAAUUCACAUUAAACGCUUUUAACAAACACAUUGACUUAAAUGCAAUUUGUGAGGAUGCUUUUGUACAUAAUGGAAUAAAAGCAAUAGAGGAAAACACUCCAACGAGCAUAAUUGUAAAUGAGAGUGUUAAAGAGGAUUCACAUUUAGAGAGUAACAUGUGUGAUGACGUGCAUUUAUACCCCAUUGAACUGAACAACUCUUUGAAGACUGGUUGUGACACAUUCCAUGAAAUCCUCAAUGCUGAAAAUAAUGGUGAUUCUAAGCAGAACUGUGAUGUGCAGCAGAAAGAGGUCCACCUGCUGGAGACAGCAUGCUCUGUGGUUCAGGUAGUCAUAACCGCUGCCUUGGAUCAGCUCAGAGUUGAGCUGGUGAACUCAGAUACCACACUGACCCAAGAGGAAAAAGAGUGCUGAAUGUUCACGUGCAAAGUCCAAAAACUCUCUCAUUCAGAGGUACAAUGACCUUUGCAUCAUCCUGCUUAUGAUAAAUGAUGAACCUGUAUCACAACAGAAAGCUAUGGUUUUAUUGUUUGUAUAAAAAAAAAAAGAGAAAACAUGCUGUCUAAAGGUAUAGAUAGUUGCUAAUAUGUCAUCUUGAUCUUUGUGAAUUUAUGUCUUAGAAAUAUGAUACUGUAUCAUGGAUGGAUAAUAUUUAAGCAGCUUCUUGCUUUUCUGUCAUAUUGUUUGUUUAGCAACUCAUCGUGUGACAUAACACCCCAGAUUGUGGAAGACUUGUUUCCAUAGCAAUGAGAUCCAUAUUAUUAUACUGUACUUUUACAUGGACAAUAAACUUUUGUCAUGCCUUUUCUUUUCAAUUUAUAUUCAACCAAAUUAAAAAAACAAAAAUGUAAUCUGUGUACAAACAUGCCAUUGCUGUAUAAAUAACUGCAUUUGAGAGACUAUUUAGUAGCACAGACCCUGAAUGUAUUAUCUUUAGAAUAUAUUUCAUAGGACAUGUAUGAGACAGCUAAUUUGAGAUGUGUAUCCCUCUGGUGGUAAAGGUCACAACUGCAAGGACCAUUGGGCGGCAGGUAGCCUAGCAGUUAGUGUUGGACUUGAAACCGAAAGGUUGCAAGAUCGAAUCCCUGAGCUGACAAGGUAAAAAUCUGUCGUUCUACCCCUGAACAGGGCAGAUAUUUUCAAUGAUGGCAGUUCCUAGUUAAAUAAAGGUCAAAUUAAAUUGGCCCUUUUACUGGGUCAAUGCUGUGGGCUUUUUGUUGUACACAAACAUUAGUCUUGGAUUUUUUUUUCUGAAAUGUUGUGGAAAGGAUUGAUAACAAGGGCUUAUUACUAACCCGUUGGUUUAUGUUCUCUAUGUGAGUAAAAUCAUAAGAAUUACUUAAUUGACUGUUUGAUCUGGGCAGUCUGGCAUACACAAGAAUGGUGGUGCGUCUCACUGACUCUUGACAUAUAAGGUCCUGUUUAGAUAUGUCAUCGUAUGAAUAUUUGCUUAUGCAUUAAGAAGUUAAACAAUCAUUUUGCUCAGUUUUAUAAGUAUGUUUUAUUUGAGAUUUGUCAACUUUACAAACUGUUUUCUUUGCCCAAACUGUUUUCUUUGUAAUAAGUGUUGACAACAGAUGCAUGAUCAUAUCUUUAAUGUCCGCCACAACCUCCUCUUGCUCCGUGAUCACCUCCUCCAUGUUCACCUCCUCUACCACCUCUUCUCCCUUACCCAUGACCGUGUUCCCCUCCACUAUUGCCCUUCCCCUGGAAAUUACCCCAAAAAAUGACAUCCUAGACUCACCCUUCCGACUCUCCUUUUUUUUUGUUUUCCCAAGUUAAUGUUGAUAGUUAAUAAACAUUUUUGCAACGUG